CUUGCCUACCUGGUAGCAUCCUCUUGCACUCGCGCGAGGACUUUCUCCGAAAGACGGUUAACUAUAUAAGCGAGAUCGACGAUGUUUGAAGCACGUUAGACGAAAUCUUACGGAUGCGUCGAGUAGGCCACAUCGCCUCCGCGCCUCUAGCUCACAGUUGAUUCUAUUUCUUCGUCCUAUUUCCUACGUUACACACGUGAGCGUAUCGAGAAGUCCUCUCGGGGUAAAAGUUCGUGCAUGUGAAUCGGCUUCGGCUGUAUCUUGAAGCUACAUCAACCACUCGUCAGGGAUCAUGAGGCCCGCGAAAACAUGGGCUCCCCUGGCAGCGACCGUGCUCGCUACGGCCCUGCUCUUGCAACCUAUCUACGCCGAGGCUCCAAUUUCGGGUAGCUACUUACCACCAUCAACAAGCUAUGGGACACCGAACUUAGGAGGCGGUGGCCCAUCCUCCAUCUACGGUGCACCGUCUGGUGGUGGUGGAGGCGGCGGCGGCGGUGGUGGCGGUCGUCCUUCCUCGAGCUAUGGAGCACCAUCCAGCAGCUAUGGAGCACCAUCCAGCACCUAUGGCGCUCCAUCCGGAGGAAGACCAUCUAGCACCUACGGAGCACCUUCCAACGGUGGUGGCAGACCAUCUUCGACCUAUGGUGCACCAUCAGGUGGCGGAAGACCGUCUAGUACUUAUGGCGCUCCUGGAGGCGGCAGCGGCUUCGGC